UUCAAUUCACAAACUCUACCGUAUUUAGAACCUAAAAUAAUCACAAUUAUUAUAGAUAAUAAACAGCAAAGCUAACUUUGCUGGCGACGAAAAACGCUUACUUCAACAUCGCCCUUAAACUGUGGGAGUAACAAGGGGUGGGGCGAAAAAAAUCAUAAAUCGAACGGUAAAUUUAAUGUUGCGCAGGAGUAUAUCAUUUGAAUUGUACGCGAAGGAAUAUCAGUUGUGUCUUGUAGUCGGACGGCGGCGGUCGUGUGUCCCGGCGGAUAAUUACAUUUAGUGUUGUGUCUAAUAGUGCGAUGAAGUGGUCGAUAUUUGUUUGUUUGGUCGUGUGCUUGGCGAGGUUCUGCGACGGCUUGGCAAUAAAAUGUCCGCCCGGUGUCACAGACCCUGCAUGCACAGAAGAUAAAAUAGAAGACACAUCUGAAACAUCAAAACCAGACGUGACAGACGCGCAGUGCUUAGUGGGUAGCGAGUGGGAGAGCAACUGCCAUUACUGCCGCUGUUCCGACGGCGGCGUCGCCGAGUGCCUCAAGCAAAGCAACUGUGACAAAGAAGUAUUUGCGGAACCAAUCCUCUGCAAGCCAAACACGGAGUUCCAGAGAGACUGCAACACUUGCAUCUGCCUAGAGAAUGGCCUGGGACUCUGCACCUUAGAGUUCUGUCGGAGAGACAGUAUUGGAGCUACUCCUGAAAUAUUGGUAGCCAGUGAGUUACAAGAUAAAGAUGAACCUGAUCAGAAGUCAGUCAAAACCGCGGUUCUCGUUCCGACAAUGAAGUCAUCUAAAAACACAACAAAAUCAAAAGUUUGUGAAGCCAAUCGUAUGUUCAUCAAAGACUGCAACACUUGUUGGUGCAACGAAGAUGGCACUGGAUACUACUGCACCCGCCGAGCCUGUGUGCCACUCCUGCCCGAAGACCAGGCUGACUUCGGAGGAAUCCCGGUCGAAAAUCUUCGCAUCGUACCAAAGGAAUGUCGUCCAAAUGAAGUGUUUGAGCUGGAUUGCAAUAUGUGUCGGUGCAAUCCCGAUGGGAAGUCCUAUGCUUGUACUAGAAGAGCUUGUGAAGAACCAAUUGAUGAUAAAAAGAAUGCCACCUUGACCAGGAAAGAACGAUCGGUAUCUACGGAGCUGGCAAAGACCUGCACACCAGGUACGGAGUUCCGCAUGGACUGCAACAAAUGCCUCUGCGACAACAAGGGACAAGACUUCUCCUGCACCAGGAUCGACUGCAACGCUUUGAACAAUAACCAUCACGCCAGCGCGUUUACUGCACGGAGUAAAAGAGAUGUAUCUGAGCAGCUAUCAAUGAAAUGCGUCCCGGGCAGCGUGUUCGACCGCGACUGUAACGUCUGCCGUUGCACCGAGAACGGACAGUUCGCUACAUGCUCCAUCAAGCGGUGCACGGACAAUAAGCUAGAAACUGAACAUGCGCCUGAUUCGGAUCUCGGCUUCCGCUGCAACCCUGGCGAACAGUUUAGACGCGAUUGCAACGACUGCACCUGCUCAGCGGACGGCAAGAGUGUGUUCUGCACUCUGCGCCUGUGCGACGAAGCUCUCGCGUCAGACAUUUAAUCGCACAGCCAUGCUUGUCUUGGAAUGCACACGACAUUCACAAAUCAGUACAGACACAUUACCCAAGCCCAAUCUGUCAAAUUACUUCAAUAGAUUUUCAACCAUAUCACUUUAGAAGAAGGUUAAUGUUCGACUGAUGUAAAAUUUUGACAGAUGUGGGCUGUCACAAUAUUCAUGAACUUUUGCUCCAGUGAAUAAAAAUGUUGAACCAUUUAGGUUUUUCUUUUACGUUAUACACAGGUUUAAGUUACAAACUAUGCUCUCUAUAUUUAUGUUCCUUUGUAUGAGCUUAAGUAACGAUUUUCAAGACUUUUUUCAUUAAAAGCUUUACAAACGCAGUUAUAAGCGCUAAAAGUAUUACAAACAGGAGAAGCGCUUGGUCACAAUUUAAAACCUUUUCUCUUACUAGUUUUUAUUGUCGUGUGUUAUAUCAAGAUAAGUUUUGUCUCCUUUAGCAGCUUUGCAAUCGAUCUAAAUACAUUUAGUCGAUUUAUCGAAUAACUGUGUGCUUUAGUAUCAUUUCAAUGUUUUGUGUUUUUUAUAAGUAUUUUGUGACUAAUUUUACUUAGUAUGUAAUACGAAUGAACGAGUAGUUUCUAUUUCAUUUUAAUGUACAAUGGUUUAGUAAACAUUAGUUAAAACUAAUAAGUCUUAAUAAGGAUUUAUCGAAUAAUUCACUUUAGUCGAUUAUUCAGCUGUCAUAUUGAUAAAACUAAAAUUUGUUUGUGACAAGGAAUCGACUAUAACUGAAUAGUCGAUAAAACCAGCGUUUUGUUAAAUACUAAAAGUAUAAAUACAACUAAUAGUUUCCCGUACAUUGUAUUUAGUUUACGUAUUAGUAAACUAACUUAUUCUAUUACUAGUUAGUGUGAGGAGCCUAUUUUCAUGUGUGUGUGAAUCGUUUCAUCGGCAUUUCCAACUUAGUUGACUCAUAUGCGAUUUUCGUGUGGAAGAGCUUUUCAUUUAAUUUUCAUUCCUUUAGUGUGUAACUGUGUGUGGGCCGAGUUUUUAGUCAGACAAAAAUAUAUCAUUUGGAGUAAAAAUAAUGAACGAGAAUCAGUCAUAUUCGAAAUUAGAACUGUGUAAAACGAUAUUAUGGCAUUUACUUAAUUAGUGUCUUUUUACAUGUCAUGCAAUAGAAUCGACUAAGAUCAAACGAUUUUUAGUCGAUUUUUCAAACUGAUUUCUGGCUAUUCUCUCGGCACCGAAUAGUAUCGAAUGUUUAGUAGUUUAUGAAUGAAUAGUGUUACGUGGCUUAACGUAGUAAGGAACGUACUAUCAUGUAUUAGACGAUACGUAAUUAAAACUUAAGUAAUUUGAAUUAAAAAUAAUCACGAAACGAAUAAACGAGUUAAUUUUA